GGAUGUGGGUUUGACUGUCUCCACAAGAGAUAUUGUUACUUUCCAUGUUAGAUUGUUCCUGUAGUUAAUCACCUACGGCGUUAAAAGCAUGAUCCUUAUUCCUCAGUUGAAUUAUCGUCUGGCUUUGAUUCAGACACAUUGGUUCAUAUUAUGUGUUUCUGUUCUGGCUUAGAGAGUUUCUGGUGCCUGAUGGAUUAUUGAUUUAAAGAACUGGGAAAUCAAGUCAUUACUUUCUCUUUUUAAUGUGACAAACAAACUGAGUUGUACAAGUCGUUCACUGGUAAAGUCUUUCCAUCCCUUUGAAAUGGUUAUGCAGCUGCUAUCUUCGCCAGCUUCACAUUUCUGAGCAAUUUUAAUAGAAUCACAUGGACUAGAAAUGGGAAAAUAUCAGCCUUUAGUCUCUAGAGAAAUGAUGUGUGACCUUUCCCCACACCUUUUCCAUACAUUCUGUUGCCCAUGUUAUGUAUAAUACAAAGUAGGCACAACGCCGGGGUGAAUCGCUGACAGGUUCCUUCCCCUUCCUAAAAUCUCUGCUGAGCUUGUGCCCCAAGGUGUGGGGUCAGUCCUACAUGCAGGAGAGCCUGGACUAUGUAGGAAGGGCUCCUGGGCUGGUGGGGAGGCAGGUGUGAUCCUGCUUACAGCCUUCACUCUAAACAGGGUCUUCAUGAACAGAAAGUGCAUGCUCUUUCCUGGAGUGCUGCCCCAGAGUUUCUCUCAGGUUCCUGCCCUGGAAAGCCUUAUUCCCAGACAGGCAGGAUGUCCCAGGUGUAUGCAGGAGGCGCUGUGGCAAUUCUCCCUUCGGUUUUUUUCCUUUGCUUGGUGCUGGCUGGUCACAGGAGAGGGCUGGAGCUUGGCUGUGAAAUACUGAUGGCUUCCUGGCACUGCACUCUGCCUCUGUGGUUUGGUGGCACUUGUCCUUCCCUGGUGGCAGAAGGAGAAAGGCGCUGCUGACGACCAGCUCUACGAUGGUUUGCAGCCUCUCUGCUGUGCUUCAUGGAGAGUGAGGGAGUAGAGUUUUCACUAUGGAGAGGCUAGCUCUUCUCUUCCCUUAGCUGAUUUAUUGCAGUGGCUUAGCUCCGGGCCUGACGGCUUUAUCCAGCUGUUCGCUGGGCAGGGCAGAGGAGAGAGUGGGUGUCACAUGGCAGGACUGCGACCCUCAAGGGCAGUUGCCUGCAUGGCUGGCAGGAGACUCUUGGUGACAUGAAAAAGACACAUCUGCCUGUCAGGAUCACACUGCCAUGAAUGCUCUGAUGGAGAGGGAGCACUGGGCCUCACAGGACCUUGCUAAAAUCCAUGGCUUGAUCACCUGGAGCAGGGCACUGAGCAGGACCUUGCUCAGGAGAGACAUCUUCUGAUGCAGGGACAAAUUUUAACCCAACAAAGCCUCAGAGUGAUACAGACAUUAACAGAAUGAGAAGGGCUCGGUGGUACGGUGCAGUGACUGUCACUGAAGGAUUCUGGGCCAUACAGGGUGGACACCCCAGGGUCUUUGCACUGCCGGAGGAUUUGGGAGCCGAGGAAGUUCUGUUCGCCCUGUAAUUCUCUUGCAGCCAAUUCCUCUAGAGCAGUUUUAUAUUUUCCCUGUGGGAACAGUACUCUGAAUUUCUUGGGCUUGUUUGGGCGUAAAAUCUGAAUUAGGCACUGAGUGUAAGUUUGGAGACCGAGUUUGUUCCUGGCUUGCUUGCUCUUAUGUCCUUGGGUGAGUUUGGAUCUUGUUGCUAGAAGAGACCUUGCUUUUCAAGUGUAUUAAAUUUGGGUUGUCUGUGAAAUAAGCUUACUCAGCCCUGAUAAGCUCAUUGCAGAUUAAGCAGGAGCGCCAGCCUUGCAGGGCUGUUGGCAGCAGCAGGAGUUGCGUUGGGCACACGCAGCUGGCAGCAAAUCCAACAUCGGCAGGUGGUGUUGUGCAGCCAGCACCAGGACUCAGCCAGGUUGCCUGCUGAGUCCCCCUUGCUGUUUCUGCUCUGCCUGGGCUCCUCCAUGCUCCCUGCCCUGCUCCAAGGCACAGGAGGAGAUCUAGCAAGGGGCUGAAGCACCAAAAGACAGGCAGGGGCAAAGCCGGGCAUCCUUCCCAUGGAUGCUUCUCAGAACCUUUGUGGUUUUGGACAGGGGCAGAGGGAGCCGGGAAGGGAAGUUGCAGGCAGAGGAGUCUGUCUGUGCCCACGUUUGCUGCCAGCAGUGCUACAGGAGCCCUCCUGGCCAGGGUGAGCCCCAGACACUCUUGCCAGGCAGUACAAGCUCCCUGUUCCCCACAGCCCUCUCUCCUCCGAGCCCAUCUGGUGAAGUCUGUCACUGGCCCUUCCCUGGGUCCACCCCGCUCUGGGCAGCAGCCAAGGGACCAACAGAGUCCCUGCUGCUCUUUUCCCUCCCCCGGGGAUGGGGGGGUCACGGGCUUUGAUGUGCGGGUACGGGGCUGGGGACAGGCUGUGUGCGCUCAUGAGAGCCUGGCCAGGCUCCAGCUGCCUUUGAAGUGCUCCAGUGAUCAGGAUGAAAGGGAGGGGGGAGUCCUACCCCAAACCAUCUGGCUCUAAUUGCAGGUCUCUGCCUCAUCUGACCCCCGUUCAGCAGGGGACGAGGAGCUGCUGCCAUCAGGCAAGGCGCAGGGGCUGAGGCGGAGCGGGCAGGCUGGCCUGCGGCGGCACAGGCGCCGUGGGAUGUCUCAGCAGGCUGUCAGAAGCCCAGCAGUGCCCCAGCCCGGUGGCACUGGUGAGGAGGAGAGCCUGCCCUUCAUGCUGGACCUGCAGAGCUUGCCAGGGCUGGCCAACGUAGACCUGAGCGCCCAAAACCCCAACAUCCAGGUGACCAUCGAAGUGGUGGAUGAUCCUCAGGCUGAGAUGGAGAUGGACUUGUUGAAGGAGACAAGCAAUGACUGGUCCCUGACAUCCUCUGAGUGGUUGUCCCACAAGGACCUUUUCUGGCCCCUCUUCUGGGAAUACACUGACCCUGCUGAGGAGGAGGAGGAGGAGGAGGAGGUGGAAGAAGAAGAGGAUGACAACCUGGAUGUAGGGGACAGGGAGGAGGAAGAGGAGGAGGAGGAAGAAGAUUACACAGCAGAGUAUGAGGAGGAGGAGUCCAUGCUCAGUGGAGUGGGAGGUGACUGGGACCAGCGAUGGCCUGGGCAGAAGAACUGGAUCUUUAAGGAAAAAUAUAAUUACGACUAUGAAGAUGAGGAGGAGUGGAGCCCAUGGUCCCCUUGCAGCAUCACCUGUGGCAGUGGCAACCAGAAGAGGACUCGGUCCUGUGGCUACGCCUGCACAGCAACGGAGUCAAGGACCUGUGACCUGCCGCGCUGCCCUGGAGCAGAGGGGGAAAUGGUCUUCCCCACAGAGGAGACACCUUUCAAAAAUGACAACACCACAGAGCUGUUCAACUCAGAGGUGGACAGCUGUGAGAAGUGGCUGAAUUGCAAGAGCGACUUCCUCACCAAGUACCUGAGCAAGGUGCUGACGGAUCUGCCCAGCUGCCCCUGCUCCUACCCACUGGAGGCUGUCUACAGUGCCGUCAACCUGCGGGAUGACCAGCAGGGCAAGAGCUUCCGAUGGCGGGACGCCAGUGGCCCCAAGGAGCGCCUGGACAUCUAUAAGCCAACGGCACGCUUCUGCCUGCGCUCCAUGCUCUCCCUUGACAGCACCACCCUGGCUGCCCAGCACUGCUGCUACGAUGAGCACACCCGCCUCAUUACCCGCGGCAAGGGGGCCGGUGUCCCCAACCUCAUCAGCACAGAGUUCUCCCCAGAGCUGCACUACAAGGUGGACAUGCUGCCCUGGAUCCUCUGCAAGGGCGACUGGAGCCGCUACCACGCUGUCCGGCCUCCCAACAAUGGGCGACAGUGUGCUGACAACCCCGCUGAAGAGGAGUACCUCUCUCAGCUGCAGGAGGCCAAGGAGUACUAGCCUCAGCCAUGCUCAGAGGAGACAUGGCCACUGCCAGCUUCCACCCCGGCCCAGCCUGGCAAAGCCCCAGCCCUGCUCAUGGGCUCCUCGCUGGUGCCAGGCAGAGUGGAGAGAUGCACCGUCCAUCUCAUCCCCUCAGAGGGUACCUCGGCCCCCCUCAGCUUUCUGAGGCUACCGCAGUGCGAUCCCUGCUGUGCCACCCAGGGCGGUCCCACACCCCAGGGUGCCUGGGCUGGUGUGCGGGGAGCCGCAGGGCAUGGGAGGUGUAAAGAGAAUGGGGGACUGCUCCUGUCUGCUUUUAUUCUCUACGAUCUUUCAAUGCAACCUGAAAGCUGAGCGUGUGCAGGGUGAAAUGGCCUCAUCUCUUGCUGCCUUCACACCAUGUCUGAGGAGCUGGCCUGCUGCAGGCAGAGGUGCCUGCUCUUGCCUGUACACCUACCCUGGCACACACUGGUCUACUUCUGAAAUGGGAGGUGGAUCCUCCUAGGGAGGGACAGGCUGUCCCAGCCAUGCGUACAGAGCAGGGCCUGUUCUCUCCUCAGGUUUUUGCAUGCAUGGUUGGGGAGGAGCAGGGAGAUGCUAAGCAGGAUUUCAUGGGUCUGGGGGGACAGGAGGAGACUGGCCACCUGGGUUCCCCUGGCAAGAGUGCGUUACCACCACGGUUUUUGCUGUGAAAGGCUAUACUGGGUGCUACAGCCAGACAUGGGUGGACCUCAGAGGAGGUCAGCACAGGGGGACACCACCUAUGUGCAUUUCAGCCUCUCCGUCUCAGUGCUUGGAGGAGCAGGGUGGCAGCACCCAUGCAACUUCCCACCACCAGCCUGCCUCCACACCUCAACUCCCCAGCAGCCCCCCAUCAGGUUUCAGUGCUUGGGAGCACCCAUGACACAGCCCAGCAGAAAGUCCUGCAUUUCCCACCCACAGCCCUUUCAGGGGCAGGAGGCAGCUCAGCUACCACUUAAUGCUGUUGCUGGAAAGGAGCAAAAGGCACCAAGCCAAGAUUUUCAUGGGGAUAGGAACAAGUCGGGUGCUGCUGGGAGCACACAGCAUUGCCCCUCUCUGGUCUACUGCUAGCCUUUGGCCCUG